AUGCUGAAGCGCGUUGAAGCUGGCUCGCAGUUGCAUCAACCAAAGUCAACAAACCAGCCGCAAUCCGAGGAAGACGACGAGGAAUCACUUGGGAAAAUGCGUCCUGUCCCUCAAACACGUAUGGAGUGGAAGGCGGCUCUGGGCGAGAUCAAGAGAGAUUAUAUGAACCGACGGUUUCGAGAGUGCUCCACGCGCUGUCAUGGCAUCCUCGAUCACAAAGACAAGCUUGAAACAACUCAUCCAGUGCACCUCGUCUAUCUGCGUUUCUACGCAGCUACGGCUCUUGAAAUGCAAGCUCACGCGAUUCACCAUUCCUCACCAUUCCGCACCGCUCUCCUCAAACAGGCAUACGACCACCUCAGCGCCGCGUCCAAACUCGCGAAACAAGCUGACGAAGACAUGAGUCGGCCCACGUCACGAUUUCCCUCCCACUUCUCCAGCUUACAUUCUUCAGCUGGUUCGAACUCAUCCGGAUCAACAGUCUCUACAAGAAGGUCCUCACCAUCUCCGUCUUUCAGCUCCAUCGAUGAAAGCGUCGUGAAGCCGAGCCAACCACCCAGACCAAAGAAGCGCGUCGCUUUUUGCGACGAGCCUAUGAUGGAGCCCAUUAUCCGCCCAGACUCUCCUACUCUUGGUUUCGAUGAAUGUCUCGGCCGAUCUUCACCGGAGCUAGUUUAUCCCGAAUCUAUCCUAAAAAACGCCAGACCUUCGCUGCCAACGAUCAUCUCCGCCCCCCCGGAGUCAGCCAGCCCAGACCCGAGCGAAGCUGAGGACAUUGAUCCCUUCUUCCACACCCGUUCUAUCCAUCGGUUCUGCACCAUCCUCAGCAGUAUCCGCCGCCAAAUCACUGCUCACAUGACCACACUGGACAUUGAAAUCGCCGCAUGCCAUAUACCCAGCGUCCCGGCUCACACAAACCAAGAAUUGAAAGCACUGGAUGUCAAAGCCCGUAUUGAGCGGUUACGAGCAAGUGGCUGGAAACGUGCGCGUUUCGAUGCUCAGCGGUACGAGAGACUGAGAGAGAACGCGCUCGCUGACAUGGCGCGGUGA